AUGGCCAAAGGUAAGGGGAAGCGCUCCUCCGGCGCUCACGAGGCUGUCUCCGAAGGCAGCUCUGCCGCCAAUGGCACCAACGCCGGUGCAGACGCUUUUCCCCAGCUGGAAGAGAGUGCCUUUGCGGGCCUGCGACAGAAGAUCGAACAGAGACUGAAGGACCAGAGUUCAGCCAAGCAAAAGUCGAAAAACAACAAGACCAAGGCUGGCUCCAACGAUUCUGCAAAGGAACCCAAGCAAAUCGCGCCGAAGACGGACUCAAAGCGAGGCGAUGCCGAAAAGAAUAAGGGCAAAAAGCGGGAUCGCAACGGUGAAGUGAUUGCUGCGGAGAAGAAAGACAAGGCAGAUACGUCAGCACCCCAGGAUGAUACUUUCUUGCAGGAGGUUUUGGCUCUCGGUGGUACCAAGGAAGAUAUCGAUCUUCUCGAGGGCAUCGACUCCGAUGUCGAGGACGUCGCAGACACUACGCAGAAAUCGAAGGGCAAAUCCGAGGAGGACUUACUACGAAAGGAGCUAUCCAGUAUGCUAGCCGCGGCUGGACAGGUUGUCCCCGAAGAUGCGGAAGAGGAAGACAUCGAUGAGGAGGACGACGAGGCCGAGGAGGAUGAAGCAGAGGAAGAUGAGCAUGAGGAUGAGAGCGAGCAAGCCGAAGACUCUGGUGAAGAUGAGGAAGAUGAGAUCAAGCCCGCUCCAUCUUCGAAACAGGCUAAGGAAUCUACCAAGAGUGACAAGGCUCCCAAGGACAAGGCUGAGAUUUCUUUCCCCAAGGAAUACUCUAAGCUGACCGUUAUGCCCCGGUCCGAUUGGUAUGCAACGGAUCUCCCCACGAUCUCGGCGAAACAAGCGAACACUCUGCCCCGUCAUCUAGUGGAACGUGUACAUCAAUAUGCCGCGACCCUACUCGAGCAGGAGAACAAAAUGUACGCGGAGGCGCAGCAGGCUUCCGCCUCAUCGUCGCACAAGUUCUACACCACCAUUAUGUCGACCGGUACCCUUAGCGACAAGAUCUCCGCUUUGACUCUUGCUGUACAGGAGUCGCCCCUGCACAACACUAAGUCCUUGGAAAGUCUAAUCGGUCUCGGAAAGAAGCGUAGUCGUGCGCAGGCGGUGGAAGUUCUCCGAUCUCUCAAGGAUAUGUUCGCUCAGGGCACAUUGCUUCCAAAUGAUCGCAGGCUCCGAUCUUUUUCCAACCAGCCAUCCCUCAUCGCUGCGUUCCAGGGAGCGAGCAGGUGGUCUGAAGGCGACGCCCUCCCUAGUGGUCUUCAGAAACGCCACCUUAUUGUCUGGGCAUACGAGAACUUUCUCAAGGAACAGUACUUCGAGGUCCUUAAGAUCCUCGAGGUCUGGUGCAACGAUGAGAUCGAAUUCUCUCGCUCCAGAGCGGUCAGCUAUGUGUACGAAUUGCUGAAGGAAAAGCCUGAGCAAGAAACAAAUCUCUUGCGUCUGUUGGUCAACAAGCUCGGUGACAAGGCAAGGAAGAUCGCAUCUCGUGCUUCAUAUCUUCUUCUGCAACUUGAACAGGCUCACCCUCUGAUGAAGCCGACCAUCAUCACGGCUGUUGAGGAAGUCCUCUUCCGCCCGGGCCAGAGUCAACACGCGAAGUACUACGCGAUCAUCACGCUGAACCAGACCGUUUUGAGUCUCAAGGAAGAGACUGUUGCGGUCCAACUGCUCGACAUCUACUUCUCCCUCUUCGUCGCUUUGCUGAAACCCACCAAGGGUGGCAAGUCUCAGGCAGGCAAAAAGCCUGGCAAGUUCGGCAAGAAGGGAGGCAAAAAGUCCGCAAAGGAGGAAGAGAAGGGCCAGGCUCAGGCUGAGGAGAUGCAGGACAAGCUUGUAUCCGCAGUGCUGACUGGUGUGAACCGUGCCUAUCCUUUCACGAACUCUGACUCGGAGCGUCUCUCGAAACACAUCGAUACCCUCUUCCGGAUCACUCAUUCGUCCAACUUCAACACUAGCAUUCAGGCUCUUAUGUUGAUCCAACAAUUGACUUCAUCUCACCAAGUAGCGGCCGAUCGUUUCUACCGGACCCUGUACGAAUCUCUCCUGGACCCGCGGGUCGCAACAUCUUCCAAGCAAUCGCUCUACCUCAACCUUUUGUUCAAGGCUCUGAAGAACGAUGUCAACGCCCGUCGCGUCAAGGCUUUCGUGAAGCGCAUCGUCCAAGUCCUCGGUCUCCACCAGCCUUCCUUCGUCUGUGGUGUCUUCUACCUCCUCCGCGAACUGGAGAAAUCCUUUGCCAGUAUCCAGACUCUGUACGAUCAGCCAGAGGAGAAUGAAAGCGACGACGAGGAGGUAUUCAAGGAUGUGCCGGACGAGGAUGACGAGCAACCCGAGCAGGCGGUCACCGCCGAGACCAAGCCCCGGAAGCCAUCUAACGGCUACGACCCACGCAAGCGCGAUCCUGAGCACAGCAAUGCCGAUAGAACCUGCUUGUGGGAAUUGCUACCCUACCUGUCACACUUCCACCCCUCAGUGUCGGUCAAUGCGGCGAAUCUGCUCGAGCACAAGCCCAUGAGCGGAAAGCCGGAUCUGACCCUGCACACGCUGACACACUUCCUUGACCGCUUUGUCUACAGAACGCCCAAGGCGGCUGCAACGACGCGUGGCGCGUCUAUCAUGCAGCCUCUUGCAGGCAGCGAUGCGCAGGAUCGCCUGGUGGCAGGCGGCAAGCAUGCCCAGCAUGUGCCGCUCAACUCGGAGGCAUUCUGGAAGAAGAAGUCGGAGGAUGUGGCGGCGGAAGACGUAUUCUUCCACGAGUACUUCAACCGACUGGGCAAGGACAAGGACAAGACACGCAAGAAGAAGGGCAAGGACCCCGUUGACCGUGACGAGGAGGAUGGCGAGGGUCUUAGCGACGCUGAGUCUGAGAUCUGGCAGGCGCUGGUCGACUCGCGGCCCGAGUUGGAGGGCGCCGGCAGCGAUGACGAUCUGGACAUGGAGGAUCUGGAGUCCGCUUAUGAUAAGAGUGACGACGAGGAAGGCGAGGUUAUCUUCAACGACGAGUCCGAUGAGGAGAUGGAUGAGGAGAUGGGCGAGAUGGAUGAGGACGAGGCGUUCGAGGCGGCUGAGCAGGCCGCUGUGCAGUCCAAGUCCAAGUCGAAGAAGACCCAGGAGCCGGAGGCCUCGGAGGAUGAGUUUGACAUGGAUGUCUCUGAUGACGAGGCGUUCUUGGAUAGUGACGAGGAACUCCCGUCGGACAUGGAACUCGGCGGCGGUGUGGAACUGCCCAAGGACGAGGACCAGACCGAUCGGAAGAAGAGGCGCAAGCUCAAGCAUCUGCCGACUUUUGCAUCGGCAGACGACUAUGCGGCCCUGCUGGCCGGGGAAGACGACGGGAUCUGA